CGCAGUAAGAGAAAACGUUCCGGUCUUGGGACUUCAGUUUCCUCGAUUGAAUCCUGCUCUUAUCGUGGACAUCACAUCUCUUCUCCUUCCUCUCAAUCUCAAUAAACCCCCAGAACAACAUCCCUCGUCAGCGGCAGUCAUAUUUCAUCAUGGGCCACGCGGUCUGCAACUCUACGACGGAAGACCAGACGCUCACCGAGACUCCGCUGUGGAAUGGCGACCUCACCUUUCACGAUCUCUGUCUGAUUAUCAGUGGUGUAUUCGCCAUCAUUGCGAGCAUAGUCUCGAUUGUACCGAUCAUGGGCCAUGCCCUUCAUUAUACUAAGCCAAUUGAACAACGACAGGUCAUACGGAUCUUAGGGAUGGUCCCUGUCUAUUCCCUUGUCUCAUGGUUAAGCAUCUACUACUACAAAGAGUCGGUCUACUUCGAAAUCAUCGCCACCUCCUACGAAGCCGUCGCCAUCUGUGCCUUUUUCACGCUCCUGUGCCAUUAUAUCGCACCGGACCUACAUAGUCAAAAGGCAUAUUUCCGCAACAUUACACCGAAGCAGUGGAUAUGGCCUCUACCUUGGCUUCAAAGAUGCUGCGGGGGAGAGCAGGGGUUCUGGAGGACGCCCCGGAGCGGUCUGACCUGGUUCAACGCUGUGUGGGUAGACAUCUUCCAGUACUGUCUCUUGCGGGUGCUGCUGAGUAUUCUUUCCAUUAUCACCGAAUAUUUCCACAUCUACUGCGAGGAGACUUUGAGUCCUGCCUUUGCUUAUGUCUGGAUUCUGGCAUUGGACUGCACCGCUGUCGGCAUUGCUAUGUUCUGCCUAGUGCAAUUCUACCUCCAAAUUAAAGAGGUGAUCGACCAACAUUCACCGUUCCUGAAGCUUCUUUGUAUCAAGCUGGUGAUAUUUCUCUCGUUUUGGCAGUCGAGCCUUGUCAGUCUGCUCUCCUCAUCCGGCGUCAUCCAAGCGAGCCCCAAAGUUCAAUCGCCAGACAUCACUGUGGGACUCCCCAACCUCCUCAUAUCCAUUGAGAUGGCCUUAUUCGCGGUUCUCCAUAUGUUUGCCUACCCAUGGGAGCCGUAUCUCCCCUCAAAUAUCGGAGAAGUGACAGACCUCUACGGAAACGGAUCGGCAGUGGUGCAAGGGGGCCGCUGGGGCCUGGCUGCAUUACUCGAUGCCUGGAACCCGCGCGACCUCCUCAACGCGGUGGCCCGCAGCCUGCGAUGGAUAACGGUGGGGCGAAAGGCGCGUUGGCAGGAUCCAAGUUAUGAUCAUCGCCCGAUUUUGACCGAAGCGGGCGACGGCGCACGGGGGUUGACUAUUGCCCUUGAUGAGGUGACUGGGGUUGCGGAGCGAAAACUGUCAAGUACUCCUCCGACUUCUGUACAGGAAGUCAUUUGA